CAUAGCCAGUCACCAGUAGUGUACAAAUUCUCAUUAUCAGUCCCACUACCCAUUUGCCCACUUCGCUUCUUCUCUUUCUCAACCAAAUGCAUUUCUAGGUCUCUACAUUUCUAAUUCCCUACCAGAUUUUGAUCUUGCUUUUGCUCUGCAACCAGCAACACUUCUCCACCCUCACUUCACUGAUCAAACAACUGUCUUUUCCAUCUUUCCAAAAAUGGGAAGAUCUUUAUAUAAUUUCACAUUCUCUCUUUCCUUUCUUUUCUUGAUACUACAACUGUUACCAUCAAACACAACUGGCACAUCUUCCUCAUCCAAGUACCAGAUCGCAUGCACAAUGUGUUCAUCAUGUGAAAACCCUUGUCAACAAACGCCUUCACCGCCGCCACCAUCACCACCACCACCAUCCCCACCAUCUCCAAGCUCUGGUGGCGGUAGCCAUUACUACUCUCCACCACCGCCUUCUAAUCCCACCUACUCAUACUUCUCACCACCCCCACCCUACGGCGGCGGUGGCACUGGUGGCUUAUAUUACCCUCCGCCCUACUACGGGAAUUACCCUACACCACCACCGCCAAACCCAAUUGUCCCAUACUUCCCAUUUUACUAUUACAGCCCCCCUCCUCCUGUCAACUCAGCCUUGUCUCUUCGCCAGUCAGACAUGUGUUCCUCGUUAUGUUACACUGCUGUUCUUUCCCUCGUUUUAAUUUUUCUGUUUUAAUUGGAAAAUACUAAAGCUAAGUGUUGAAAGGAAAUAAUAUGGCAGAUUUGCAGAUCUAGAGAUUCUCAAGAUGAGAGGAAAAGAGAUCAGGUUCUUCAUUUGAUCACAAAAAGCAAUUCUACUCAUGAUGACAAUGAAGAAGAAGAAAAGUUUAAUAAUCUUGAAGGAAAAUUCAGUUAUUUGAAGGGCAAAAGAGGAACAAGGUGGAAGUGGUGUCUGCAUGUGUGGAAGUGGAAUGAUGAUUAAGUCUGAAGUAAUUCUCCCCUUUUCUCCAUCGCUCUCUGUAUUUUCAUUUCAUUAUUAAUAAAAUAAUUUAUUUUCA